AUGGCAAUGCGCAUCGCACCCCCCUCCUCCCACUCAACCACACACUCGCACCUCACCUCCGCCUCCGCCCCUUCCGCCCCCGGCCUCCACGACACCCUCCGCCACGGCAUCGGCCCCUCAACCAGCACCUCCACGCAGAGCAUCCCGGACAGCGCCCACCCACUCGAAUCGCGCCUCAAGGCCUGGGAAGCCACGCAAGAGAGCCUGAAGAUGGAGGGCCUGCGCCGCACAUUCGGCAUCAGCGAGCCGAUCCGCAGAGGCAUGGAACUGAAGAUCACGAGAGAGGGAGAGUGGAGACCUGCUGUGCUGGGAGGAGGGCUGGAGAGUAGUGUUCAUGAGGAUAUUUUGAGGGGGACGGAUGCGAUGUGUCAGUGGGAGGAUGUGUUUAAGGGGGAUGAGACGAGGAGUGUGCCGGGUUUCCAUGAGGAGGUUGAGAGGAAGGUUCGGAUGCAGUAG